UGUCAGGUGAUCAUAAUGGGAGCCACUAAUCGUCCUCAAGAUUUGGACUCUGCUAUUCUGAGGAGAAUGCCAACCAGAUUCCACAUCAACCAGCCGAGUCUGAGGCAGAGGGAGCAGAUCCUCAAACUGAUCCUGGAGAAUGAGAGCGUGGACCUGUCGGUCGAUCUCGUUGACGUCGCCAAGGAAACAGACGGUUUCUCAGGAAGUGACCUCAGAGAGAUGUGUCGCGACGCCGCGCUGCUCUGUGUGCGAGACUUCGUCCACACUCAGAACGACAGUCCAUCAGAGGACUUCAUCCGUCCGAUCCAUCAGUUGGACCUUCAAAAGGCGAUCAGUAAGAUGAAGAAAUCCAAGACGGCAGGCGGACACGGCGCCCUGCUUCAUGCUGCUCUGGACUGAACACACACACAUUGAUCACACAAUGACAUCAGCCCAGCCCGCAGCCAUGGGUUCGAUACCUGAGCCGUUCAGAGUGUACGUACUGACCUGCUGUCUCUCUCCAUCCUGUGCCACUGCUUCUUUUUGUUUUUAUUUGGAUCAGCUGAUCGUGCUGCUGACGUCCGUCUGUCCGUGACCGCCAAAGGACACAAUUCACUGUUACACAGACCGCCAGUGACCUCUGACCUCUCUGGAGUCUGACCGCCUUAAAUCCCUUCACAUGAAGACUUUAAACACACGUCUGUGAGUUCUUUUUAAACUCCACUGUACAGGAAGUUUAGUUGGGUUUCAAAGUAAAGGUCUGUAUAUUAGACACUGACAAACAUUCUUCAGUAUUUUAUGUUCAGAGGUCAGAGGUCAAAUCAAUCAUAAUCAAACAUUAAUCACUGUAAAUAAAUAUCAGAUUUUUUUCCAAAUAACUGAUCAGCAGUUUAAAUAAAAAGUGACACAGUGAGCCUCAGCAGCCGUUGCUAUGGCGACCCCUCCAUCCAGAGCUGCUCAAAAAGUUGAUUGAUUUAAAUUUCUGGAUUUUUCUGUCUUUAACUGAACUUUUAUUGUGAAAAUCCUCCCUCAGACUGCUGUGAAGAAGCCCAGUGAAUCAGCUGAGGGCUGAAAUAUAAAUAUGGUGUACAACUCAGUGAUUUCCUGAUAAUUUUAUUGGAAGUUUCCUGUAAAACAGAGACAAUGAUUCAUUGAUUAUUAAUCGCCUUUAAAUCAAUAAAUUCUUCUUUUCCUGAAAUGAAACUGAUUCAGUGUUGUAAAAUAUAAAUAUAAUAAUAUUAUUGGUAAAUAAUUAACAUGGGUCGUAAAAGCUUUAUCCAUUUUAAUUCUUUCAUUAACAAUAUUCUAUAUUUAUUUUUGUUAGUUUGACAAAGCAAGUAAGUUUUUACUACAUUUUGUCAGUUUGGGAACUGAUUUACUUUGAAAUUAUUAGGAAACGACAGUCCUGAAAAGGUUAUAUUGGUAAUUUACUAAUAAUUUCACAGAAAGAAAUCUUUUGUUAAAGUCUGAUUAUUAGUUAAUUACAGUUUAUUGAACCUCAUUUAUUAUAUGUUUUGUUAUUAUUUAUACUGGAUAGUAUAAUUGGAUAGGAUAAUUGGAUUGGAUUGGAUAAUUGGAACUGGAUUUAUAGACAGAUUUGACUUUUUCUAGCUGUCCAAUAAUUCCCCAAAUUAAAACUAGACCAUGUUUAAUCAACAGAAAUUAAUGUAAAAUUAAACGGAAACAACUGAUUUGUUCUUUAUGUUUACACUGUAAAACUGUAUAAUAAAAGUUGAAGCAGAAAGAAACUGCUGCACAGUGACUUUUCAUCAAGUGUUCUUUAUUAUUAUUAUUAUUAUUAUUUAGUUUUUAUUCUGUGAUGGACAGUGAAGCUUCCAAUAAGGAUUAUUUCCUCCAUUAAUUGUUUGGUUUAUAAAAUGUCAAACAGUUAAAACUCAAAGAUAAAAACUGCAAAUAUUCAAUAAUCAGAAACAGUUUUUGUUUUUUCAUAAAUCUGCCAAAUAAUUUCAAAUUUUCUGAUCUGAAUACGGGAUGAUUUAUCUUUUUUUACAGUGACGUUAUUGGCUGUCGAGUGAUGAUGUAAUAACUGCUGGAUGAUGUAAUAAACAUGUCAAACUGUCAAGUUUA